CAAAGGAAACGCCUCAAAGAACGAUGACUCCAUUUUUUUAUUUUCUAUUUUUAUAAUUAAAUCACCUGUUGAAACUGCUCUGUGUAUCUGUGAUAUUAUUUAUCAAAUAUAAUUAUUUAAUAGUUGAAAUAUAUAUUCAAAUGAAAAAUAAUGGUGAUCCUUCAACUUCAGGCUCAAUCGAAAGCACAUCUCAAAAACCUCCACUUAAAUCGUUGAGGCAGUUGAUAGCAGAGGGACGCAAUAAAACUUUAAGAUAUUCGUCUAAGAAAUCACUUGAGGUUGAAGUAAUGGACCAUUAUGAGGCUGUGAAUAAUUAUAAGCAAUUCCAAGACAAAAAGACUGGCUAUGUUGAGCAGGAGAGUACUGGUCAUUAUUGCAUUUGGGACAGAAAGUAUCCUGAAAAUCCAGAAAGAGUAGUUUGUGCCAGAAGGAGGCUAGAAGCCUUAAACUUGAUAGAAAGAUGUGAACGUAUUACUCCUGAGACAUUCCCGGAAGAUAUCUUUCUGCGGAAACAUUCCAAGGAAUUAUUUGAACGCCUCAGGCAAUGUUCAGAAAAAUCAGAUGCCGAACUUCAAGACGAAUCUUCAAAAUGGGAUGCAGUUUUUAUAACACGGGAAACUUUCGAAGACACCAAAAAAUCAACCCAGGCCGCCUUAACCUUGACCCUAAAGGUGGCGAGAAACGAGUACAAAAAUGGUUUUGCAUUGAUUCGACCGCCGGGCCACCAUGCUAUGGCAAAUGCAUUUUGCGGGUAUUGUUUUAUGAACAAUGUUGCUAUUUCUGCAGAGGUAGCUAUUGCAGAAGGUUUGGCAAAGAGGGUACUCAUCGUGGACUACGACGUUCAUCAUGGUCAAGGAGUACAACAACUUUUCUAUGAUAGAGAUGAUGUUUUGUAUUUUUCGAUUCAUCGUUACGAACAUGGGGAAUUUUGGCCAAAUUUAAGAGAAAGUGAUUCCGAUUACAUUGGAACUGGACGAGGAAAAGGUUACAAUGUCAACGUGCCUCUUAACAAGACUGGCCUUGGUGAUAGUGACUACUUGGCGAUUGUCUUCAAUAUAUUACUUCCACUUGCUUACGAGUAUAAUCCAGAUCUCAUUCUAAUAUCCGCUGGAUAUGAUGCUGCCAUUGGAUGUCCUGAGGGAGAAAUGCUUGUAACUCCCCACUUUUACGGCCAUCUUAUAACGCUCCUAUCAGGAUUGGCGAAUGGAAAACUAGUAGUUCUUUUGGAGGGUGGCUACUUCAAAGAAUCAUUAGCUGAGGGCGUAGCUUGCACGCUAAAGGCUCUAUUAGGUGACGUUUGCUAUCCUGUAACAAUCGAGUCUAAUCCCACUGUAGAUCCGUUACUGCAAGAAGUCAUAAACAACAUCAAAUACAUUUUACGUGACUACUGGAAAUGCUUUAAGACAGAGGAACUGUUUGAAUAUCCGAGGUUUGGCAACAUGGCAAUUAAUAGUCUUGAAGAACAUGUGACUUGUUUGGAGUACAGAAAAGUUGUUGAAAGUACUGGCGUAUAUGAAACCGUCGAUUGCUACCCUGUCCAGAGCAACGGUACCAUCGAACGAUUCAAUGCUAUGAUACAAGAAUUGAGAAAAGUAUAUUCCAAAAGUCGGACUUGUAAUAAUAUCGUUGGUUAUGUCUACGAUGAGUCACUCCUAAAUCAUAAGCCGACGGGUGACACUGGAAAAUGUCCUCCAGAAAGACCAGAACGUUUAACGGAAAUAAUAAAACGUUUCGAAGAAUUUGGAUUGAAAGACCGUUGUAAACAUAUUGAAUUGAUAAAAUUCGAUGAGAGAGCCUGGUUAGAAAAAGUACAUGGUUCAGAAUAUAUAUCCAAUAUCUUAAAUCAAAAAAACAUUACGGAAAAAGUGGACUGGUACUUCAAUGAUCAAACUUCCCAUGCCAUUCGGAAAUGCGUUUCUUCCGUUUUAUCUCUUGCUCAAAAUAUUUCUGAUGGCAGCAUUAGAGCUGGUGUUGCAGUAAUUCGCCCACCCGGUCACCACGCCUUAUGCAACGGUGGAUCAGGCUUCUGUUUUGUGAAUAAUGUCGUUGUCGCUGCUCAAUACCUCACCGAAAAACUGCACUAUAAAAGAGUACUUAUAGUAGACUUUGAUAUACACCAUGGAAAUGGAACGCAAGAAUUAACAUACGAAAGGUCUGAUAUAUUAUAUUUAUCUAUCCACCGUUUUGAUCAAAACAAAUUCUUCCCUGCAUGUGAAGAAGCUAAUUACACAUACACGGGAAAAAAUUGUGGUGAAGGAUACAACAUAAACAUUCCUUUUAAUAAAGAUAAAAAGAAGAAUAUCGAUUACUGGACUGUAUGGUACAAACUUGUGUUACCUAUUGCAUACUCGUAUAAUCCUGAUUUUGUUAUAAUAUCAGCGGGCUUCGAUGCCGGAAUUUUCGAUCCACUUGGUGGAGGGUACCAAGUCACUCCUGAAAUGUACGGUCAGCUUGUGCAAACACUAAAACCUCUCGCCUCGGGCCGAGUCCUAUUAGCCCUUGAAGGUGGUUAUCAUCUUGAAACUACGGCACUUUCCAUGGUGGCUUGUGUCAAGGCUUUAUUAGGUGACCCAUUACCUGUGCCGACAUUCUCAGAAGAAGUGUCCGAAGAUACGUUAGAAACCGUUAGAAAUGUUGUGCGUCAGCAAAGAUCAAAGUGGCCAUUACUCGAAGUCAAUAAAAGAAUAGCCAAUUUUUUAUGCAUGAGAGCUCAACUAACAAAGUUAGAAGAAUUAUCACAGAUAAAUCCUGCUGAUGAAGGUACUCUACAGCAGUUCCGUGAUCUUGUUAUUCAAUGUAGAAAUAACGGCUCUGGGUUUUACGAUGCAUAAUUCCUCUAUUUGGCUUUAAAGUUUUCAUUUUUUUAAAAUAUAUUUGCAAUUAAUGUUUCGUUAAUUAUUUUGUAGGAAAUAACUCGGCAAUAAUUUAACCAUAAUUACCAUUUAUUAAAAAUAAAAAUUUGCCUAAACAUUACCAAAUAAUUUGUGCUAUUUGUUAACGCUCAGUAUUAUAAACUUUUAAUACAUGCUGUUUUUAUAUUACUCAUUUUUCUGUUU